CAAAAAGGGCGUAAUCCCCGCUCCGUCAUUUUUACUACAAGAACAAAAACAGUAACCGGAAGCACUACUUCUGAUUUCAACCAUUUACAAAAUAUAAAAAUAUCGAAAUUGGGUUAGUUCUUGUUCAUUGUCUGAAAAAUCCAACACUUGCAAUGGUUGUAGCCCACUCUUCUCCUCUCUCCCCUGAAUCCAGCUUCCGUGAACUCGAUGACGCCUUCUUGCAGACCCAAACAAGAAUAUGGCUUGGGGAGGUCCUCCAGACGAGAUUGAAUGAAAACAUGGAUAUUUCUGAUUUGUUAGCUGAUGGAGAGUUGCUCUUUGAAGUGUCAAGAGUAGUAUGGCAAAUGUUGUUAGCAACACGGAUGGAGCUUAAACAUAUAAAAGCAUACAAAUAUGAGCCAUUUGCUUUUGGGAAGAGCAGCAGGAGGUAUAUGCCUUAUUCUAAUGUGGAUAUUUUUCUGAAGAUCUGCAAAAUGUUGGGAUUAACUGGAAUUGAUCUUUUCUCCCCAUCAGACGUUGUUGAAAAAAAAAAUACUCGGAAAGUUUGUAUGUGUAUACGUUUGCUUUCAAAUAAAGCGAGGUCAAAGCAGUUAAAUGUUCCAGAUUUUGAUGUGGUCACUUAUGCCGUUGCUAUGCCAACAGAUAUGGUCGGAUGCAUCCGUAGAAGCUUGGAGCAGUCACAACAUAUCUUUUUGAGCACUGCUAGUCAAAAUUCAAGCCAUGUUUUGAUAGCAAAUUCCAGGGAGAGAAAUUCCAUUGUAGGUUCAAAUGGAAACUAUGGUUUGUUCCCCGAACAGUCUGAUGAUUCAGCAUGCAAUUUAAUCAUUCAAUCCGAUGCCUCCUCACCAAAUUCUCCUUAUGAUGCUUCAUCCCAGUUGAAUUUUUAUUCAGUGGAUUCUCCGGGAGUAUCUGCAGUGGUUGGAAAAUGUGCUCCUGGAGACCAAUUUUCCCCAUUAGAAGUUGAAAACCAAGAGCAAAAUGAGUAUGCACAUGAAUUUGAAUCUCCUUGUUUGAAUGAAUCAGCAGGAUCUGUUUGCUCACUGCUUUGGGAAAAUGAUUAUCAUCUGGAUGGUUUGUCAUCUACUUCAUGUGUUGAUUCACCAAUUCAUUUAGAUGGCAGGGCUUCUCAUACUAAAACCAGAUCCAGGCAUAGCUAUGAAAUUCGUACGCUGGACUUUAGUUAUAGUGAUCUUGAUAUGCAAAUUGGUGCUGGUGAGGAUUCCACGGGUGAUGGCACACAGGAAAAAAAUAAUUUUCUCCCCAUAGCAAUUUCAACUAUGGUUUGCCAUGAAUUGGAUACCAAUGACCCCAUCCAGUUUGAUGGAGAUAACAGUAUUUUUAAUGGAUACACAAGCCCCAGUUCUCAUGGGUCAAAUUCAACGCCGAGGACUGUUGAAAAUGGAUUUAGAAGCAAACUUGCUGAUGUCAAUGAUGAGGAAUUUUCUUCAACUCCACGCAUUAUUUCUUUGCCUGGUGUUUCUCAGAACAUGAAUUUUGAUGAUCAAGAGGAUGCAGGUCAUGAUUUCAAAACUUUCUGGUUACCUGAAGUGCAGCACGGCGAGGCGGAUCACAAAACUCAGAACGCAGUCAAAAACAAGACUCUCAUGUACUGCUCAAAACCUAAGGCUGAAGAGCCACUUAUUGACAUAAAAUUCAUACAAGAAAGCUUCAAUACCAACCUUUUGCAACCAUGUUCUGAUAGUCCAUCAUGCAUCACUGGUAAUUCAGAUCAUGGUGUUGUAUAUGAUAAUGGAAUAUGCAAGUCACUAGAUCCAAAUGUUGGAAUUGAUGAGGGAAAAUGCUCUCAAUUAGAUUCAGAUUGUUUAAAGAAUGUAAAUUGCAAUCAAUGUUUGGAUUUGUUGGCUCAAUCUUAUUCUCCACUUGAUCUUCAUCUAUGGAAUCAAAAAGGCAAAUGUGUCGUUGGUAUAAUAUCUGAUGAAAAUGAUGGGAAUGAGGGUAACAAAACUUCUCCCAAUUCUAUUUUGCACAAGGGUCUACAUGGGGAAAUCGCCGGAGGAGAUGCCUUAGUGCAUGAAGACAUCAAGUCUGGUGUUAUUCAAAAUGACAAAGAGUUAAUUCAUUCUGCCAUUGUUGAAUCAAUACCAGAUAAAUGUUUGUGCUCGACAACUGAAUGUAUGGAAAACGUGGGUUGUACAUUUCAGAAAAAUCAUUCUUCCUCUGCAGAAGAUGUGGAUAAGGGGCAUAGCGAGGUUCUCAAACAACAUGAAGUGGUGGAAUCAGUCGAGAACUCUGAUAGAACAGAUGAUCCCAGUGUACAACUAGCAAGGCACAAGUCCGGCAGAAGGCUACUGCUGAUGUCUGUAGCAAGUGGAUCUGCUGUUGUUGGUGCGCUGUUUGUUUUGCUUCACCUCAGGAAAAGUGGUGGUGAAAAAACAGGUGAAUCAAAUAUGCAAUACAAGAAAAAGAAGGAAAAUGGAAUGAAGCUCUCGCCACAGAAUAAGCAGAAAGAAGAUAGAGUAAAUGGGAUUUAUCCAGCCAAGAAGCUUGCAUUUGGGUUAUAGAGUUUAACAGAAAACAGUAUAGUCAACUUUCCACGAAAGAAAGGAUCUUGCUUUUCUACAGAAACUAUCAGAGCGAAGAUUUAUUAUAAGAACAAUCAGGUAAAAAAAAAUAUUUAAAUAGAAUUAUAAUGUAAUAUAUAAUAUCAUUCUUCACGUCAUUUGUGAAGCGUAGUCUUCUUCAUGUUAGUACUUGCUUGUUUGAUAGCCCGUUUUAUUUCCUAAAUUAUAUUAUGAAGGAGCUGAGCGCAUAUCCGCUGUUGUUACAGUAUUUUGUAGAAUCAAGAUCAAUAAUUGAGUUAAAAGUUUGGAAACUCUUUCCAUAUAUAUUGACUCUGUGGAAAAAAUAUCAAAUACCCACCCCUCAGUUUUCUGAAAACGACAGUGUAAUGUAACUUCAAAUGUGUAAAAGACUAUUAUGUCCUUGUUAUCCUGAACUAAUAUCAAAUAAAUAUUUUUUCUACUA